GGCAGUAAAGAGAAUUGUCUCAUUUAAGGAGAGUCCGUCCAUUUAUGGCCGGUGAUGUGCAUGUGUGUGAAUUGGAGAUUGCAUUAGCAAAAGCUAAGGAAACUUGGGUUGUUUCGUUUAUGGUAUUAUGACAAUUCCCACGAGUAUGGCGGACAGUUAUUUGGGACCCUUCAACCUCAAGCCCAAGCCCCCUUCUUUAUUUAACUUCCCUUUCACAUUUUCCCCAUUUUCAACAUCUCUAUCUUUCUCCCUUAUGGCUCGUCACUGUCUUUGCUCCUCCUCUAGCCCCACUAGUGUUUCCUCCACUGGGUCCCAUCAUCAACCUUCACUUCUUGUUUUCUCUGGUGGAACUGCAUUUAAUGGUGUGGUUGAAGAGCUGAAGAAACUAACUACUCGUGUAGCUCAUGUGCUCCCUGUUUCUGAUGAUGGAGGCAGUACUGCUGAAAUUGUUCGUGUUCUUGGUGGUCCUGCUGUUGGAGAUAUACGAUCAAGAUGUUUGAGAUUGUCAGACCAAAGUACCUCAGAGGCUCGUGCAGUCCGAAUAUUGCUUGGUCAUCGUUUACCUCUUGAUCCACAGAGAGCCAAAUCAGAAUGGUACGAUAUUGUGGAGGGCAGCCAUGAUCUAUGGCAAGGUGUCUCAAAACCAUAUAGGGAAACUAUAAGAGCUUUCUUGGCUUACUUCCAGGAUCAGAUUCUCCGGCGUUCAGAUGAGUUAUUCUGUUUCAGCAAUGGAAGUAUAGGGAACUUUUUCUUUGCUGGAGCACGCUUAUUCUUCCAGUCUUUAGAUGCAGCAAUCUUUUUGUUUUCACGGGUUUCAGAAAUUCCAGCAGAAAGUUUGGUCCUUCCUGUGAUAUCUACAAAUGAAAGGCUUACCCUGGGAUGUGAGUUAUUGGAUGGAACUGUUAUACGCGGACAGAAUGAAAUAUCUCACCCAACCCAUGGAUCCAUGCAACCUAUAGACAAGGAGGCAUCUUCAGCCCCAGCACUUCCUUCUAGAAUCAAGCGGAUAUUCUACAUGUCCAGUGAAGGAAGCAACUUAUUGCAUGAGGUCUUCCCCAAUGUAAAUCCCACUGUCUUGGAACAGUUGAGAAGUGUCGACUGUAUUAUAUUUGCCAUGGGAUCCCUCUUUACUUCCAUCUGCCCCUCUUUGGUUUUACUUGGAGUGGGAGAAACCAUCUCUUCGCGGACUUGUCCCAAGGUACUUCUUUUGAAUGGCACUCAUGAUCGAGAAACUAGUGGCUUUGAUGCUUCUUGCUUUGUGACUGCCAUUACUGAUGCCUUAAAUCGAACUUAUGGAAAUCCUCACAAUUGUCUUAAAAAUCCUCCAAACAAAUAUAUCAACACCCUUCUGGUGCCAAAAAAUGGCCAAAUACAUGUGGAUAUAGAACGCCUGGCUUCUCAGGGAAUUUUCAAUGUGGUCACUGUGGAUUCCAUCCAUGAUCCAAAAGGGGGUGUGCUUUUCGAUCCCAAAUCAUUGAUUCAAGCGCUUUCUAAUCUGUUGAUGGACACGUGAGCCUGAAUGCUAUUGUGGCUCUUUAAACCUUAAUUUAUCAGAAACUGAGAAGCUGGUGGCACACUAGUGUUUUGAAGUUUCUCCAUUUUUUGCGCAACUUGCAAGGGAUGUGAAGAUAAACAGGCUCUUCCGAGACACUUGGUAUAACAAUUCAAGCAGUUCUGCGUUUAUAUCAACGCCCUGAAGUCUGUAGGAGGAUGGUAAGGCUUGCAUAGUUUCAGAAGCUGUAGAAUGUGAAGUAGGAAUUUCUUUGAUUUUUUCCAGCUCUUAAUGGGAAUAGAUAGCAUAGCUCGCAAUUGAGCUGAAACACAUGUGAUGUUCCAAAUUUUAUAUGAAUUUGGACUUGCACAGAAUGGAAUUGGUGCCAACCACAACUAGUUCGGGCUUGAGGCUAGCUGUUGUACAUACUGAAAUUCUGUGCAUAUCAAGGGCCUUGUUUAAAAUGAAAAUGUUCACUCUAUAUGAGUAGCGUAUGAUGUAUGUCUUUA